AAGGAGGGAAGGAGGAAUGAAGGAAGGAAGGAGAAGAGGGAGGGAGAAAAGGAAGGAAGAGAGGAAUGAAAAGUUCAUUAUGAGCCAUAUCCUGCUGAAUACAUGCAACCAGCUUGAACGAAGAAGCGGGAAGGGUGCCAUAAUUCCCACCGCGCCUUGCUCUGUCUUUUUGAGGGUAGUGGGCUUAUAGGCAGCUGGAUGACCCCCACCUUCUGCUUCUCAUCUCCAAUUUUAGGUUCAUGCCUGGAGGAAAAUAUUUCCCCCCACCUCAAGGAAAAAACAGAAGAGGAAUUUCCCGUCCGGCAGAGAAAUAGAGGCAGCCUGUUGAUUGUCACCCUGUAAGACACCGGGAGAUCCAGCGCUCCAAGAACCAGGAUGAAGCGGCAAUUCCUGAUCACCUUUCUCCUGGCUCUCGUCUCGCAAAAUGGGACGUGCAAUGGGAUCAGAUGGUUAGCUUUGUUCAAGACUCCUUCGGCUUUGGCCUUGAACCAGACCCAGCACUGCAAGCAGCUGGAAGGGCUGGUCGUUUCUCAAGUGCAACUCUGCCGCAGCAACCUGGAGCUGAUGCAGACGAUUAUCCAGGCUGCCCGGGUGGUGAUCAAGACGUGCCGCCAGGCUUUUUCCGACAUGCGGUGGAAUUGCUCGUCCAUUGAGCGCGCUCCAAAUUACUUCCUGGAUUUGGAGAGAGGUACCAGGGAGUCAGCUUUUGUGUACGCUCUCUCCGCUGCAGCCAUCAGCCACACCAUCGCCCGAGCCUGCACCAGCGGGGAGCUCUCCGGCUGCUCCUGUGGUCCCAUCCCAGGUGAGACACCUGGACCUGGGUAUCGCUGGGGAGGAUGUGCUGACAACCUCAACUAUGGUCUUGUCAUGGGGUCCAAAUUUUCAGAUGCUCCCAUGAAGAUGAAAAAAUCAGGAUCACAAGCCAAUAAGCUGAUGCAUCUGCACAACAGUGAAGUAGGGAGACAGGUAACCAAUCCAAGAGGGUCGAUGAAAUGCAAGUGUCACGGAGUAUCUGGUUCCUGCUCCAUCAGACUUUGUUGGACGGGCCGUCAAGCGCUGAAAGACAUCGCCCUGGACUUAAAAAACCAGAUACUUUCGGCCCACCAGGUGGUCCACCGGCCCCUGGGCACGCGCAGCAUCUGGUGCCAAGAGCUUGACAUCCGUCCGUUUAAGGAGAGCGAGCUGGUUUACCUGCAGAGUUCUGAUUUCUUCUGCAUGACAGAAUGGAAAGUGGGCUCCUACGGGACGCAGGACAGGCAGUGCAACAAAACGUCCAACGGCAGCGACAGUUGUGACUUGAUGUGCUGCGGCCGCGGCUACAACCCCUACAUGGACAAGGUGGUGGAGAGGUGCCACUGCAAGUAUCACUGGUGUUGCUACGUCACCUGCAAGAAGUGUGAGCGGAACGUCGAGAGAUACGUGUGCAAAUGAAGCUUUGCCUCCACGCCGCUCUGCCGCGUGGGCCAAGGGAGACGUCGGUGCCAUCUUUUUCCCUCACGGGACCCUCAAACAAGGAGGAUGGAGAGGGGGAAAAAAAACCAAACUUCCUUGCAAGGACCUCUGAGUUUAAUCAAAAUAAAUCAGUCCUGAUCUUUGGCCAACAGAGAUUGUAUCAUCCUUCGAUGAUCUUUUCAAACAAUUGCUUGUCGACGACCUAAAAGCUGGUCCAUGAAACCCUUUGAAAGCAAGGACUUUGGACCUAACCAAGAAGGCACAAUUGUUCUGAGAAAUCUCGUUCACGGAGAUGAAUCAUCUUGGGUUUGAUCGUGGCCACCCAUCUGGGAUCUGGGGCGUUUGAGGUUUAGAGAGGAUCUUUUCCUAAAGUGCUUGGACAUUUGCUUUUCUUCUCUAAUGCAGUGGACGCUCUGUAUCCCAUGAUGUUCAAUUCCCCCCCCCCAAAAGGGGGGGGGGGCUUUGUCAAACUUUUUCCACCCUGGAACGGUUUUAUCUUCUAGCUUUGCUUCUUUUCACCUCUAACAACAUCUCCAUUUGGCUCCUUCUGUUUUAUUUUAUUUUUUUUUUAAAAAAAACUGGCAAUGUUGCCUGGAAAGACCAAACGAAAUGCCAGAUUCCUAAAAUCUUCUGGUUUUUUUUCUUCUUUCUUUUAUUCUUGCCAACGUUUGAUUUUUUUGCUGGAAAUUUCUUGCCCUCCCUUUGUUUUUGUUUUUGUUUUUUUUAAUGUAUCUGGUGAUUUCUCUCUCUCUCUCUCUCUCACACACACACAUGAAAGAGGUCUUGGAGACAGAUAGUACCUCUAGUUUUUGAGAGGGUCAAAGAAACUUCUGGAUUUUGGCGACCGUGUGGUGGGCGCACUCACAAUAUGGUGGAUAUCGUGGGCCUGGCCUGGCUUGCUUGCUGAUCGAGGAUAUUCUGUUCUAUUCCGGCGAAAUCUUUUGUGGGGCUUCAAAGCUUUAUUGCAAAUAAAUGUGAUGCUAAAGGCUGCUGAUUUGCUGGGCAGCUGACCAGUUA